AUGCUAAUCAAAUGUGAACUCUCACCAGUAAACUCCAAAAAACGCUUGAAGUCUCGGCUUCUACCGGCUCUUACAGCGAUGGAACGUAGCAAACAGACGCUGUAUGAUACCCACAUCAACAUGUAUCCACCGGCUCGAAAAGAGCCGCAUUCCCAGCGCAUUGCAGGCGGAAGCCCGUCUCGAACAGUACCGUAUCCAGUUGAAGACGCCCAGCAGCCCAUGAGUCCCGUACCGCUGCAAUCGGCCCAGACACUGCGCUCUAUGCGAUCGACAGCAUCGUUAAACAGCAGAAGCAAAACAGGAACGCCCACAAACCCACGGUACGAUCAGCCGUUUUCUUUCCAGAGUUUGGCAUCGCGCGGCCCCUCAGCGGACUCGUUGAUGAACGCAAAACCCAGUAAUAGCUCCGUCGACACAUUCCAGAGUGCUAGUGAGGUGUCAGAGUCUACGGUGCCGCCCCCGCCUUACGUGGAAACCGACGCAGUGGAGACGCCACGCGUUCUGCAAGAGAAACUGUAUCGCCAGCCGAGCGAUUUCAGCGAGUUUAGCGAGGCCAGCGAUCAAGUUCCUCGCUCGAAUGAGAGUGCUAAGUCCCAGGAACGCGAUUUUUCGCACUACAGCGAAGUUGCAAAGCGAUUUUUCGACGUCUAUCAGGCGACUAUCAAUGACUCGCCCAAUUUUACCGCAGAGAUCCAAAUGAUAUGGUGCGAGACACUGCUGCAAUACGCUUUUAUCGAUGAAUUUAUUGCCAACUACAACAUCAACGGCAACAAGCUCAAAAGAACGCUAACAGCAGCAGAAAUGCUGAAAAACCAGAAAAUUAUCUUGGAACACGCUUUGAAAGUUUUGACCAAGCUGAUCACACUGCAACAUGGGCCUGCACUGUAUUUGAUGGCCACGCUGUACUCGCAACAGCCAUAUCUAGAGGUCAAGAUCCAAGCUGUGAUAGCGCGGAACGACGCCAAAGCGUUGGAUUACUACUGCAAGGCAGCCGCUCUAGACGUCAGUGACGCUUGUUACCGUGCCGGUGUGUGCUACGAAUACCAAAGGGGCACUUCUCCAGAGCUGAAUCGCAUACGAUCGUUGCAGAAGGCCAUACACUAUUACGAAAAGGGUGCACUUAAUUGCGACAACAUCGCGUGCAUGUAUAAGCUGGGGAUGCUGUGUCUCCAGGGCGUGAAAGACUCAGAGGGAAACCAGAUUUUGAAGCAAGAAGUCAAAGUGGCCGUGAACUGGUUUUUAAGAGCAAUUCGUCGUGAUGAGAAAGUCGGCGAAAGGCCCGAAACCUCCGAAAAAGCUGAAAAUGAAACUGCUAAGCAGCACAACGGGGCUGCUGAUGCUACAAAAAAUGAUCUAGUCUCGCCACAGGCAAUGUACGAGCUCGCAAAAGUGUACGAAUUCGAUGGUUUGGCGCCCAUGCUGCAAGAUUUGCUGACUGCGGCGGGGUUUUCGCGGAAUCCGACGAAAGCGCUACAGUACUACCACCGCUGUGCAACGCGGUACCAGUACCCACUUGCACAGUGGCGAAUAGGCCAGUGCUACGAGUUUGGACAGCUAAACCUGGCUUUAGCGGCCAACAAGUCGAUUGCAUGGUACGCCAAAGCGGCCACAGCCAAACCUCGCGGGAAUCCGAUGGCCAUGAUGUCGCUGAGUGGCUGGUAUCUCACGGGUGCCAAGGGCGUGCUCAAGGCCAACAACCAUGAAGCUUUCAACUGGGCCCGUAAGGCAUGCCACGCCUCGGAGGGCAAGUUGGCCCGUGCAGAAUAUGCAGUUGGGUUUUUCUACGAGAAUGGCGUUGGAUGUGCGGUCGAUCUCGCGGCAGCGCGCGAACACUACCAGAAAGCUGCCAAUGCUGGUCAUAUCAAGGCCCAAGAACGGCUCCGGAACAACUACGACUGGAGCGUUGGGUGA